AUGAGCAAAGGUUGCCUCAAUUCAAUAGCCAAACAAUCCUACAGGCAAACAACAUCGGCACAGAGGGCAGGAGGUGCUUGUGAUCAGCCACUUAAUGAUUCAAUGAGAGUGAUACACAUGAGAGCAUGUUGUGCAAGCAGCUUCAGAGCCGACGAGAAGAUGGUUCAAACAAGUUCUUCAAAUGAAUCCCAAGAGGUUGCUUCAUCAUCAUCUACAAGAAUUCCAGUUGUCAGUUUAAAUUUGAUGAUCGCUCUGCUCUCGUCGUCCGUCUCGCAUGGCUCUGAUGCGACAAUGCACAAGAGGCAUUUGAGUUACAUGGAAACAUAUGAUCUCAAGUAA